AUGUGAAUGGCGCUCAUUAUGUAUGCAGCUUUCUCGCAGCUCCAUUCACAACUAUCGCUCCUCUUGUCCCUCUCCCUCUCUCCCUGCAGGCUGCGUGGAUCUCAUUUAACUCAGCCUAAAUGACCACAAACGGUUAACGGAUGGAUUAUAAAAUGGAUGGAUAUUUGGACCAGCAAGUGCCUUACACUUUAGCAAAUAAGUCACAAGGAAAUGGGCCCCUAAAUAGACUGUUGAUGGCUGCAAAAAGGAAAUACAUGGACACGGAAUUACCCCCUCAGGAAUCUGAAGACCUCUUUCAGGAUUUAAGCCAACUUCAGGAGACAUGGCUCACAGAAGCUCAAGUUCCUGACAGUGAUGAGCAGUUUGUUCCUGAUUUCCACUCCGAAAACUCAGUGGCAUUCCACAGCCCGCCAGUCACCAUCAAGAAGGAACCACAGAGCCCAGGAUCCGACCCCAGCCAGUCCUGUAGCCACAAGCAGACCUUCACCUACCCCAAUGGAGAGCAGUGCCUUUACGCCAGGUACGCAUGUCAUGCCUACGAGCAGAAGAGGGCUGCAGGACCCAAUAAGACCUCCUGCCCCCCAGGGACGCCCAUGUCCCCCAUGCAGCAGCAUUACUCCCCAAAGCAAGUCGGGGGCGCAAAUGGACGGCCUGACAACAUGGCCUACAACAUGAACCACCCUGCCGCCUCCCAGCCUCUGCCCAGCCACAACAACUACCCCAUGAACCCCAGUUCCAGGUAUCAGGCCCCCUCAGCAGACAUGUGCCCCCCGGGGUUCCCCCCUCAAGGGCAGGCCUUCCAGCGCAUGCACCCUGCCCCAGCCGGAGGUGGUGGCGGUGGAGGAGGGGGUGGAGGACCAGGUGGAGGUGGUGUUGGCUACCACCGGCAGCACUUAGACCCGUGUCUGCCCUACCUGCAGCAGAGCUUCAAGCAGGAGUAUCUGGACCCUCUGUACGAGAGGGCUGCCCACAUGGCAGGACAAGGACACGGGCCUGGGCCAGGGCAUGGAUCAGGGCACGGACCUCACCAACACCAACACUCCCACCCCCAUCCUCACAGGUUCCCCCCUGCCCACAUGAUGGUGAAGCAGGAGCCGACUGACUACACCUAUGAGCCUGAUGUGCCUGGAUGUCCUUCCAUGUACCACCACAACGAGGGGUACCCCAACCCCCAGCACAACAAUGAAGGCUAUCUCUUUGAAAACGACUCUUGUGUCGUUCCAGAGAAAUUCGAAGGUGAGGUGAAGCAGGAGGGGGGUAGCGUGUUCCGUGACGGGGCCCCUUACCAGCGCCGGGGAUCCCUGCAGCUCUGGCAGUUCCUGGUGGCCCUGCUGGAUGACCCGGGCAACGCACACUUCAUCGCCUGGACCGGCCGCGGCAUGGAGUUCAAACUCAUCGAGCCUGAGGAGGUGGCCAGGCUCUGGGGCAUGCAGAAGAACCGUCCAGCCAUGAACUACGACAAGCUCAGUCGCUCUCUGCGCUAUUACUACGAGAAGGGAAUUAUGCAGAAGGUGGCAGGGGAGCGCUACGUUUACAAGUUUGUGUGCGAGCCCGAGGCUCUCAUCUCCUUGGCCUUCCCCGACAACCAGCGGCCCAGCCUGAAGGCCGAAUUUGAGCGCUACGUCAACGAGGAGGACACUGUGCCCCUGUCCCACAUGGAUGAGGGGGCCUCCUACCCCCCUGAACAAGCCCCACCAAACAUGGGCGCCCAGCCCUACUCCAAAGGCUACAUGUACUAAUGCCACCACCCCACCCCCCAUCCUCCAGAUCCUCUCUGUCAGGGGUUGGCAACAGGCGGCACGUGGGCCAAAACCGGCUGGCAAGUGAUUUUUUUUGGGCCCCCCAAAGUUUUUAGGGUUUUAGUUUUUGGUCAAAAAAUACCAAAAUCGCCAGGAAUUCAGCCACCAACUUUUUUUUUUUUAAGGAAAUCUGUUCCCAAGUAUUCCUACAAAUAAAAAAGAGGUGAUAAUGUCUCAAUGUAAUCAAGGUAUGAAAUGAUUGUUUUUUUCAAAUACAAUCUCUUUUUGGGCUUAGUUGUGGUCAAUUUGCAGUGUACAAAUUAUUAUUUUCCUGCCCCCCCGACCAUCUGCUCCGACAAAAAUCGGCCCGCGGCCAAAUCUAGUUGCCUACCCCGGCCCCUGCACCUAUUGCACAUGACCACCCCAUCCACUUGUAUAUACAAAGGCUAUGGUGUUUCUUUGUUUUUGUUUAAAUUAAUCUCAUUAGGGAUUUUUGAGUUUUUAAAAGCUGCAUUCCUCACUUCUGAGGCCUAUUUAAUCCAUACACAUGACUGUGGUUAAAGAGAUUGCUUAAUAAAGAUACGCUAUUACUACUA